AUGCUGGACCAUAUCCCCGGUGUUCCGGGAACUGACGACGCGCCGGGAGACAAGAUCCCAAGCAACGGCGGCAGCACGUUAGACGUAAACGUACGACGGGUGCCUCCAGGAGUAAACUGCUGCGUGGGCGAUGCGUUGGUUGGUCUUGCAUCCUUCUUGUCAAUAUGUUUCAGCUUCGGAACCGGGCCGGACCCUGCUGAGUCUGUGGGUCCAGCAAACGACUGCUCGAACGGAUUCGGUUCUAGAUCGAGCGUCUUCCUUGCUGACCCGGAUCCGUUGGAGGUUGGUGACCCCACAACAGAGUUAUUGACGUCUGUCUGGAGUGAUGUCAUAAUGACGUAA